AUGACUCAAUCUUGCUCGUCUCCCAGCUCAGAUUCGAAUUGUCAAGAGAUCAUCAACAGAGGCUUGUCAUGUUUAAAGGGUUGGACGAUAUGGAGAGAGGCAAUACCAGCUAGCCGCGCAGAAACAAAACCAGGCAUUCAUCAAAUACAAUUAUUACCAACAAAUCGCGAAAUACUUUGAACGAGAGUGUCGAAUCGCUAAACACUACGACUCGUGGAAUUACAGGAAUUCAGAUCCGAGAGGUGAACUCGAGAAGGCUAGGAAAGCAGAGAGAUUGCACAUUAGAAGGAGUAAAUUGAGAAAUUUGUUGAAGGAGGAAGAUGAAAGGUACAGGAAAGAACUGGAGGAACGGAAAAAGAUAAAAGGUCGCGAGGAGGAGACAUCGUUGGAAGCCUUGAGACAGAAAUUGAGAGAGAAACGAGCGGAACAGAGUCUCUAUUUGCCUAGAACCUGUCGGAGAUACCAGUCCUACUUCAUCUGUCCCAAAGAAACGAAAGUCUGUCCCGGUUGGAACACUCUUAAGGAUACUAAUCUUCAGUAUUCUCGUGCUUGCAGAGAUUCGACCAAUCUUAUUCGUGAAAACGAGCAAAAUUCUUAUCGCGGAGAUUCGAGAAUGAGCGAGGAUAAUGGCAGGGCUUGUCAAAGGAAAGGAAAUGUAGAAACGCAUCACGAACCGUAUAUGUAUCCGCGCAACGAAACUGGAAAGCCCAUUUCGAAAUAUUCAGUUCGCUAUGCUCGUAGGAGUUUGGAGAACACGAACGUGAGAAACGACGACUUCGGCGACAAUCCAUCAAGCAGGGCAUCAAGUAGAUCGUCUCUUGCCUUUGGUUCAUCUUCUGAAAGAUGCUUGUUGCCGAAUGGCAACGUUUCUCUUCGUGGGGGUGAUCAAGAGAACACGACAAGACAAGAUAUGGAACUGAACAAUUCUCAAAAUGGCACGAUAGCCGAAAGCUCGACGGAUGAUCAAUCGACGAAACUCGCUCGACAGGAGGAUGUUCCUCGUCGAGAAAACGAUGAAAGUGAUUAUUCGAAGCGAUUGUCGAUGGAUCGUUUAAACGACAACGUUGAUACUCGUAGGCCAGAAAGCUCUCUAGACAAACAUAGCACGAGUGAAGAUCAGAACGUAAAGACGGAGGACACCCGACAGUUCGAAGUUGAGAAAAGCAUGCCCUGGCUGCGAAUGAAUCCCGGUGAUAAGAAUCUCUCGAAACAGAUGUUCCUUUACUUGACCCACAAGGAGCUGAAGUGCAAGAUCGAGGAUCUCUGCAGAAGAGAGAUGCACGCGUGCAAUAAGCAGCACUGGGACGAGGCUUUGCGACUGAGAGACAUGAGGAACAAGCUGGAGCUGAUUCGCGAGAAGAAGCUGUAUCAAGUGGACAAUCUCGAUUUGGACGAAGAAUCAAGGAAGUUAGGAUUGGUCAACAUCGACAAGAGGGAAACGGAACUUAUCGAACGAGAAAAAACGUUUAUGGAUUCGACGAUGUACAGUGAAGAAGCAAAGGCCUUGUGGAAGAAAUGGGUACACGAAGACGACAAAUCGGCGAUCAAAGAUGCUCGCUUGCAGAGGGAAGAAUUGAUGAACAGUUUGGAAAAAGAAUGGCAGAGUCUCGCAAUUCGCGAUAAAGAAAGGAUCUCACAAUCAUACCAGAGUGUAAUGAAUGACUCUGCUCUACAAGAGGAGCACAAAUUGUCCGCUGCCAUUAAUGCGGCUAGAGUGAAAUUCGUCAGUAGACAUUGA